UUUGAAUUUUUUUUUUUCUCCUCGCCUCGUAUCAGAUAAAUUAAGUCUCGCAUACUUGCAACAUGCUUUUUCAGAUAACGAAUGCUUUUUGCUUGCCUUCUGUGACAACAUCAUUUCAGAAAGUUGCAUAGGUUGUAAAGACUGAAACAAGCGUCAUUUUGCAAUAAUUCAACGUGAGCAGAUAAACGUGCGAAAAAUUGGAACGAAUUUUCUUAGUCUACGAAAGUUUUGCUCUUUACCAUGAUUCUUCGAAUAAUCAGUAUGAGUGAUACCAUUCCACUUGAGCUUCAACGUAAAAUUUUAAAAAAUGUGUGGCGUACAAUUUGAAUUAUCACAACGGUAUUUGUGCAAUAGUGUUGUCAAUUUGCUUUGAAAAAUGGCCUCAACUAAAAAACCAGGAUUCAUGGUUGAAACAAAACUCAUCACAGAGAGAAAAAGAAGGAAAUCUGAUCUCGUGGUGAUGUGGAUAACUCUCUGGGAUGUCCUUCUGUACGCUGCGACUGAAAUAUGGUUGACUUUCCAAGGAGUUUUGGAAAUAGGCAAAUUAUUUUUCAAAACCGAUGAUGUGUGCCAAAUUCGUGAAUGGUUAGACGAAUAUCUUCCACAGGUACCUGAUGACUUUACACAAAGCUGGAGAGAUGGAAUUCUGUUCUGCAAACUUCUGAACAAGUUACAGCCUGGUUGUUUUCCAGAUGCAAAUAGACUUGACACCAAUUUCGGCGUGCGAAAUUUAUCUAAAGCUUUCCGUAUUCUAGAAACUCGAUUUGAUAUAACACCAAAAGUAACCGUGGAAGAGAUUGUGACUUGCAGCAAAGAUUCAGAAUCGAAACUCAUAGACUUACUUCUUCAGCUGAAACAGAAAUCUGAAGACAACGAAAACAAUAAUGAAAUCAAACCUACAUCAGAAGAGGACGAAAAGGUUAAAGAAAGCUGUACGACUGAAACAAAAAAUUGUAUCGCGAAAGGAACAGGCUUGAUGGUUGGAUUUGUCGGACGCGCAGCAAGCUUUGGAGUACUUUUUUCUUCUUUAUCCGACUUAAAUUUAGUUCUAGAAAUAAGAGGGCCUUCCAAUACCAUCUGCAGUGAAAGAAUUACCAAGCGCUCUCCAAAGAGAAAGAACGUUAUCAAACCCUGGAAACCUCUUUCACCGCAUGCUGUAGUUCGAUCCACCUCCAAUGAAGAAAGGGGUACACCUACUAUGGACAUCAAUCUAGACUUCCCAAAGGAAACUGAAAAAUGCUUCAUACCUCUAGAAUAUGAAAUGCAUUCAAACCAAAUCAGUUUUACUUAUUUUCCGCUUAUUCAAGGACAACACAGAAUUGCUAUCCUGUCCCAUGGGCAGCAUGUUUCGGAUAGUCCCUACAUAGUGACUGUCGAACCUUCAGUAAGAGACCCUAAAACUAAUAAUAUGGUACACAUAAAAUCUGUCUUAAAACCCCCAAGGCGUAGUGAAAAACGUGAAGAAGACGAACCAAAGAAAUCCUUGGUAAGAUUUGAAGAACCCAGCGAAAGAAAGGAGCGUUUAGGAAAAAUUUUGAAGAGGCAAGUUUUGAGAUAUAUUGUUAAAAUUGACGGAAAAGACGUAGUGGUUGACGCCGACAGCAUUAAUAAUUUGGCCACUUCACUUUUGAAGAUGGAUUAUGAACUUCAAAAGCGUCCUUUAGUUCGAAGAAACAGCUGGGGUUUUGUGGGUGACGCAGAAAGGAAAAUAAGCGCCAUAAGGCAAUUUGGUAUUGAUUUAGAAGAAUUAGAAGCUCAAAGUAUAAAAAUGCAGAGAUCUCAUUCGCUCUCUUUUAGUCCAAUAACUAAGAAACCUCCAAAGAUAAGUAGCUCAUACGAAUGUGAAGAUAUCUUUCAACAGAAGACUUUGGAAACAGUAACAGAAGGAAGAGUUUCACAUUUCAGCAACUUAUCUGAAUCACAUAAAGAAGAAGACGACGUCUUUUGUAUAAUGAAUAAAGACUUUUAUCAUCUUUCGGAAGUAAACAUUGAUGGAACUGCUGAAGAACAGGAGGAUUUGGAUGCAAAUUCUUUGAUGAAUUCUAAGGAUAAAGUUUCGGAAAAAACUUUUUCUGGCAGCGAUGUAAAAGAACUGGAUGAGUCUUUUACAGUAAAACAGAUUCAAAUGUCUCUUAAAUCUGAAAUGAUGAAUACACAAAACUUGAUGCAAUCUAUUGAAAGGCAUGAAUAUCAUUUGACAAACGCAAGUCAAUACCCUUCCUGUUUAGACAUACAAAUAGAUGAAGAAUUUUCUAAACUAAAAUCAGAAACCAAUUCAGAAAUGAUUUCAUCAGAUGCCAAUAAAAAUUCACAAAUUGCAGAGUUGUCUUUUAGCCAUGGCGAUCAUAUAGCAGUCGAUAAAAACGAUGAAGAACACAAUCUUGUAGAAAUGAGGAAAAAAAUUAAUGAUGUUGAAAAUAAUAUUGAAGAAUUUAAAAAUUUAGAAGAAGCUAAUAGUGUUUUCAUCGAGGAAAUACCCUUCACGAAGAGUGAUGCUAAAACAGUCAGUAAUCAUGCUCGCAAAAACAUGCUGCAUUUAUUAGGUGACACGAGCGAAGACUCACAUAAAUAUGAAGCAUCAAAACAACACACCAGAAAAAAAAUUCUUCACGGUAACAGCAAGAAACGUGUUUCACAAACAAAGAAAGUAAAUAAUGCAGGAAAAAACAGCCCAUGCAAAUUUUUAAAGAAAGCAAAUCUUUGCGAAGAAAACUUGCAUUGUUUUGUUAAAGAUAAGCAUUCAAUGAAUGAACAGUUUAAAUCUAAAAAUAUUACAGUUCCUAAAGUGAGGUAUAAGUCAUUUGCUUAUUCAGAUAUCCAGAAAAAUAAAACCAAACGCCAACGAUCGCAUAAAUGCCAACAUAUGAAUAAGAAAAUCCAAACAAAUUAUUCUUCGUAUUAUACAAAAGCACGUAGAAGUUCAUCCAAAAGCUCAAUAGACGAUUCAUUGGUGAAAAAAUUUCAGUGCAUUUUACAAAACAUUAACUAUAAUGAUAUUUCUUCAUUGUCUAAAAUAUCAUCUUUAAAAUCUACAAAAAAUCGCAUUGGUUUUGAUCCAACAAAUAAUUCAUUUAACAGAAAUGAAGAGAGCACAAAUUUAAAAGAAAACCAAAAGGAAAAUGGUCACUCAGCAAAAUAUGAAAAUAAAGAAGAAAAUUAUAAACAUAAGUCAAAUUCCAGUUUGAAGAACACAACAAAUACUAGUAGUUACUUGUCCAAUUUGUGCUAUAAAACUAAUGUAAAUGGAAAUGAAGAUGGGAACAAAUUUGUGUCUGUAGUUUCGAAGGAGAAGACAGAAUUCGUAGAUUUACCACAACGUCUCUGUAAAAAUUACAAUAUCUAUCAUCAUCCAGAAAAUAAUAAUAUUUCCAAGAAUUAUUCUGUGAUUUAUGAAUCGUUAUCAGCAUGUGUUAUGAAUUCAACUCCUACUGACUCUUGUGAAUCUUUCGUAAAAGGCAAUUACAAAAAAUUUUCAGACUGUAGUCAAAUUAGAGAAUCAACGUCAAAGAACACUUGUCAGUUUACUUACAAACAUUUUAAUCCUCCUUUACAAUUCGAUAGGGAAAGCACAGUUAAAAAACAAAUAAAGCUGUGGGAAACUUCUACUGUGGAAAAUAGCGACAAACCAAUACCAAAGCACAUUGAUAAACUUCAUGUACUGCCUGAAUUAGUAGAUAUCAAGGCCAAACUCAAAUUUUGGGAAAAUGCAUAUCAUCAUUCAGAAAAUGAUGAACUGAAAGAUGUCUCAAAAAGUUCUAAUAAUACACAUGAACAGGAAGAAAGAAACGAUACGCCAAGAUCUAUUUUUUCAGGGAUAAACCUUGAAGAAAGUAUUGAAAAACAAAACCAAGUUCCAUUAGAUCAUAGAUCCAAAGAAAAUAAUAUAAACAAUUCUAAUUCUUUGGAGAAACCUACUGAUAGCAAAAUGCUGAAUAUGGAUUCUGCGAAAGCGAAGAUGAGAAGUUUCAGCGAUCCUGGUGUUUUGGAUAAACAAGACAACGAAAUGGAAGACGACAGUUUGAAGUUAAUAUACAGAAAUGAAAUUUUCAAUCCGGCGUCUAGCAAAGAUGAGUUGUCAUCUUCAAAUGAUGGCAACUUUAUCGAACUUUUUGCAGACGACGAAGAAUCAUCAAUGGAACUCCUCUGCUCGACAGAAGAUGAAUACAUUGAUGAUGAAAUAUCCGAAAAUAUCUCCACUUACUGGGGUGACCUCAGUUUGAUGAAAGGCUUAGAAGCUCAUGAUUCUUCAGAAUAUGAAGAAUUCUUGCAGCUGAUGAAUUCGGAAUCUCUCCAAUCUUGUGCAGACGAAUGCAAAUUUUUUGGAAUAGCUACAUAUUUUGGACAUGUUGCAGUGAAAAAUCGCUUUUGGGUGUUAACCAAAGGUGCAGGUCGAGGAAAUUUAUCUGCUUCUGUGCAAGGAAUCGGUCAACACAAUGUCGCUUUCGUUAGUGUAGAAUACACUCGAAAAGACAUUUAUGAAAUUACCUAUCAAGUAUUUAUCCCAGGCUUAUAUCUUAUAUCAGUUCGUUGGAUGGAUUCUCCAAUUCCAGGAAGUCCUUUUCUGUGCAAAGUCACAUAUUGAUGACUUUUCGUGCCUCUUACCAGCUUUCUACAGAAGGCAAUCUUAUCUAAUAUACCUCGUAUUAUAAGAAUUGACACUAUUUAUUAUUGUUUAAACUAUAAAUGUUAUAUCGAAUGAGAGAAGAUAUAAUUAUUGAUAUCAUUAUAAAAUGUAUUGUAUUUUUGUAUAUUACUCAAAAUUACAAUUUUGACAGCAAAUGGAGAUUUGUACGGGUGAAUUUCGGGUACUAUUUCCCUUAAGAUCUGGAUUGGUAGAUAAGUUAUUAUAAUCAUUUAAUUAAAUCUAAAGAUUUAUAAAAUAAUAAGCAUUUUAAAUAAGCAUUUUUGACAAUAUGUAUAAUAAUGUACUUCAACCUAAAAAGAAAGAUUUGUACACGGGUGACAAAUCAUUAACAUUAAAACAAGCAGUUCCACAAGUCGAAAUAAGAUAAAAACAAUCAUUUUAGAUAAACAGCAAGCAGGUCAUCUAACUGUAGUCAAAAAGAGCACAAGAUAAUAGCCAGCAUAUAUACUAUUGCCAGCUGGACAGUUACAACAACAAAAGAAGAAUUCAAAUGCCAUACAUAGACAUAGCAGCAGAGCACUAGAAUUUCAUUUAGUUUCAAAUUAUUAGAAAAGUUUUGAAUUGUUAUGUGAUACAAUAUAUAUAAACCACAAAACUGAAUCGCAUAAAAGACUAAUUUUUUAAAUAAUUCUUAAUAAACUUUAUAUUACUUUUUAUUGUACAAAGUAGACGGUAAAUAGAACUAGCCAAGGUCUUCUUCUUUAAAGUUAUUAUUUGAUAAGAAAAACAUGCCUGUACAGAUCUACAAAUUCGAAAGACAAAAUGUGAGAUUUUUUUUUUCGUUAUAGUUUGUUUUGUUAAUAUUAGUAGCAGGGAAAUACGUUUACGAAUAAAAUCAUUAAGAUUUUUUAUUUUGAUAUCAGUAGAAAAAAAGUUUUUACCAAAUUUUUUAAUAACCGAAUUCUAAAGAAAGAAAAUUAUAUAUUAUUCAAAAAUUGCUUGCUCAUUUUGAACUUUUAUAAGUUCAAAUUUAAAUUUAGGCUUAAAACUAAGUUUAGGCUUAGUAAACUAAAAAGAACAUAAAAAAAACUAAAAUAUGCUUACUUUUCUAUAUUUUCAUUUUUAUAAUGCCAUACCAAAUAUUUUUGUAUUUAUAAUUAUUUUUUAAUAUAAUAAUUUUACUCUAUAGUUUUUUACUUACCAAGUUUUUAGAAAAAUUCACAACCAA